AGCUGACGGGACAGAGGGUUGAGGGAAUCUCCUAGCAGAGAGCAUCAUGGGAGGAGCCGUGGUAGACGAUGAGCCUAGUGAUGUGAAGGCGCCAGACGGAGGGUGGGGCUGGGCCGUGCUGGCCGGAGGGUUUGUCAUCACUGGGUUCUCCUACGCCUUCCCCAAGGCUGUCAGUGUGUUUUUCAAGGAAUUGAUCAGGGAGUUCGGAGUGGGAUAUAGCGACUGUGCAUGGAUUUCUUCUAUACUGUUGGCCAUGCUCUAUGGCACAGGUCCACUGUGCAGUGUGCUGGUGAACAAGUUUGGGUGUCGGCCAGUGAUGAUGGUGGGAGGGCUCUUUGCCUCCUUGGGAAUGAUUCUGGCCUCCUUGGCCACCAGUAUCAUACAUAUCUACCUUUGUACUGGAGUUAUAACAGGUCUGGGCCUGGCACUGAACUUCCAGCCAUCUCUGAUCAUGCUGAAUCGUUACUUUAGUGAGAAGAGGCCUCUAGCUAACGGACUAUCUGCUGCCGGGAGCCCCGUGGCCCUCUGCUGCCUCUCGCCUCUGGGACAGGUGCUGCAGUACCACUACGGUUGGAGAGGCGGCUUCCUCAUCCUGGGAGGUCUGCUGCUCAACUGCUGUGCAUGUGGGGCCCUGAUGAGGCCCUUGGUGGGCCCCAAGAAGCCCCAGGACCAGGAGUUGCAGGCUGUAGACCAAGCAGAAAAAAAGCCUAAUCCUCAGAAGAAGCUCCUGGACUUUAGCGUAUUUAAAGACCGAGGUUUUCUCAUCUAUGCCAUAGCUGCGUCCAUCAUGGUACUGGGUCUGUUUGUGCCCCCUGUGUUUGUGGUGAGCUAUGCCAAGGAGAUGGGAAAUGAAGACACCAAGUCUGCCCUCCUCCUCACCAUCCUAGGGUUUGUUGAUAUCUUCGCCCGGCCCACGUGUGGGCUGAUCGCGGGGAUGAAGUGGGUCCGUCCUAGAUGUGUGUAUCUGUUCAGCUUCGCCAUACUCUUUAAUGGCAUCACCGACGUGGUCAGCUCACAGGCGACAGACUACCCUGGUCUGGUGGUGUUCUGUAUAUUCUUUGGGCUCUCUUACGGGAUGGUAGGGGCGCUGCAGUUCGAGGUUCUCAUGGCCAUCGUGGGCACCAAGAAGUUCUCCAGCGCUUUAGGAUUGGUGUUGCUCAUGGAGGCAAUCGCUGUGCUGGUGGGACCGCCUGGAGCAGGUCGUCUGCUGGACACUACCCAUAACUACAUGCAUGUGUUCCUGCUGGCUGGCUGUGAGGUCAUUCUGGCCUCCAUCGUCAUCUGCCUGGGCAACUUCCUGUGCAUCAAGAAGAAGCCAGACGAGCCCGAAGCCCAUCUAGAGAAUGGAGCCCCCGCAGAGAUGGAGAAGCUCAACAGCCUGCCAGAGGGAGGGAAGACUGAGAGCGAGCAGCCGGACGGGGUGAGGGUCUUCUCGGGAAAGGCGAUGGAGGGAGCAGAGAAGAGUGGAGGGGUGGGGAACCCAGAGACAGCUCUGUGAUAGAGGGGAGAUUGUUAAUGAAUUACGGAGAGAGUGACUGAUGAGCUCGAAGCACCAAUAAGGAAGACAUGAGUACACACUCUGACGGAGGGAGGGAGGGAUGGAUUGCGGUGCGCUGUACAUGUUUGGUGUUGUAUGCUUUAAUAUGCACAGUGUUACGUAGUGUUGUUUUUACAGUAACAUCUAGUGUUGAUUCAGGAGUUAAAUUAACUCUGUAGGUGUUAAAUUAACACUGAGUGGUGUAAUAGAACCCCAAUGUUGAUGUUAAUAACCAGUUUUGACUCCAAUCAUUAUCAUAUUUCCCAGCAUGGUAAAUUGCAUGUUUUUUUUUCAAGUCUUUGUUUUAUGUUUUUGCAGAUAAUUAAUCUUGUUCUACUCAAAUAUAACGUAAAUUUUUCUAAACUAAUCCAAUAUGUUACCUGGACUUAUUGCACCCGUUACUGAAAUGGUUGUUCCAGUUUAGAUACUUUUGGUAGUCUCCUACAGUAUCUUAGUAUUCCCAAUCCUGGCAAUCAUUCUGAAUAAAAAAUGAAACAUUCCAAAUGUUGGGUAUCCCACUCUGGCUGGAUUCCAAUAUGAAUUACACAUCACUUUGCAAGCCAGCAUAAAUUGACUUGCAGGCCAAACCAUGAG